AUGUCAAACCCCACUAUCAGAUCUACAACUGAUGCUUAUUUAGAUAGAGCGCAGAAAUACGAAAAUGAAGUAUUUACCGCCGGGUCCCAGACUCAGGCCUUGGAGGCUGCAAUCGCUGCCGCCGAGAGUUAUAUGAGAGCGUUGAAUCUAGCCGAAUCGUCCCAGGACAAGAAAAAGUUAGAUUUGAAAUGUAAAGAAUGGCUAUCGCGAGCUGAGGACAUAAAAACAAGCGGAAAGUGGAAAACACCUGGCCCAGGAAAAAAAGCCCCUGUGCUCAAAGAACCGGUUUCAUCCAAAAAGCUUUCGACAAGGGAGGAAAUCAUCCUCCUGGAAAGUGCAAAGCUGAAUAAAUUUGUAUUCCCACCAUGGAAAGAAACCCCAGAUUUCAAGGAAUUUGAACUGGAACAAGACGGCCAGAAAUUUGAGGAUAAGAUCUUAGGGCUGUCGACCUCUCAAAAGAAAGUAUUCAAUGGCUGGAAACGCCCCGAAGAACUAUAUCCACAUUAUUCGCAUUUUGCAUCAAAUGAUCCGAUGGUUGGCUCAGAAAUCAUGGAUCUUGUACAAGACGUCACAACUGAUUGUUCCGUGGUGGCCAGUCUCUGCGCCGCAAUAUCGAGGACUGAGCGAGGACAUCAUGCAUUGUUUCGUUCUGUGAUCUUCCCUUAUGACGAUGCCGAGGAUGCUCCACGGCUUUCAUCAUCUGGAAAAUACGUCUUUCGGUUUCACUUUAACGGCUGUUAUCGAAAAGUGACUAUUGAUGACAGACUUCCAUCAUCCAAGUCUUCGCGAUCUUUGUUUGUUAUUGAUCGGAAUAAUCCCCAUGUACUGUGGCCCGCACUGCUCGAAAAGGCAUACCUCAAAAUCCGUGGAGGAUAUGACUUUCCUGGCAGUAACUCUGGAACGGAUUUGUGGGUUCUUACCGGCUGGAUCCCAGAGCAAAUUUUUCUUCACCACGAAGAUGUAACACCUAAUCAGCUGUGGAAACGCAUAGCCGAUUCCUUUCGAUUCGGAGAUUCCAUCCUAACCAUCGGAACGGGUGAACUCAAUCAGCGCGAGGAACGCCUCCAAGGACUUAUUAGUCGACACGACUACGCCAUUCUAGACUUGGAGGAAGUGGACGGGCGUCGCCAGAUGCUUAUCAAGAAUCCAUGGGCUGAUCCGGCCUCAAAAGUCCCGGGCACUUAUGGUCGUACAUUCGAAGAACAACAGCCUGAUGUUAAUAAAUCACAAAAGCCUCUUCUUCCAGGCUCUUUCUGGAUGGACUAUGACCAAGUAUUUCAAAACUUCGAGAACCUUUAUCUCAACUGGAACCCGGGCCUCUUCCGUUGUCGACAAGACAUCCACUUCGUGUGGGAUUUGUCAAAACCUCGUCUGAAUCAAGGUUGUUUUGCUGGUAACCCACAGUUCUCGGUAUCAACAGAAGCAGGCGGCCCUGUCUGGCUCCUCUUGAAUAAGCAUUUUCGGACAACAGAAACCCCCAGUGCCGGUGAUGAGCCGGGCUUCAUUAGCUUGUACGUGUACAAGGGAGGAGGGCAACGGGUCUUUCUUAGUGCCGGCGCAUUUUAUGGGGGGCCAUUUGUCGACUCUCCGAACACUCUGGCGAGGAUAGACAUGGAUGCGCAUUCAACAUAUACUAUUGUGGUGGCUGAGCAGUCACUUCCUUUGCUACCUCAGAACUUUACACUGUCUGCUUUUUCUCGAAAUGAGGUUGCGUUGAAGAAUGCUGAAACCAAAUAUUCGCAUGUGACCCAAACACAAGGCGAAUGGAGCCCUGCUACAGGAGGAGGCAACACAGAAUCGCCACGCUACCCAUCUAACCCCCAAUUUGCUUUGCAAGUGGUCGAAGAAGCAGAUAUAUCGAUACUGUUAGAAAUGUCGAAUUUGGAACUCGCUGUCCAUGUCAAACUUUUUUGGUCGGAUGGAAAGCGCGUGUCCACCGUCAGAAAGCGAGAUAUCAUCACCGACAGCGGCGAUUAUCGCCCCGGUUGUGUCGUGGCCGAAACCAAGAACCUUCAACCGGGAUCAUACACUUUGGUUUGUUCUACUUUUACCCCAGAUCAGCUCGCAAAUUUUGGUCUUUGGGUCUCUUCUACGAAGCAAUUUCAUGUGAAGGCAUUGCCGGCUGAGACGGCAGGAAGGCUACUGGUGCUUUCAGACAUUGGUGUUCUACCUCCAGGCACCGAUCGUAUUAUAGCACCGCUGUGCGUUCCGCGCCUGACGAGGAUAAAGCUGGUUGCGAGAAGCAGAGAGUCAACUAUCGGAAAUCGCCACGUCGCCUCGUCUCCAAUGCUUAUGACGGUUGAGCGCGGCCAGGGUCCAUACAAGGAAAUCCUAGCGUCUUCGGAAAAUGGAGAAUUCAGUGACGCGAUUUCCGGCAUUAGAGUGCCAGACGUUGAUAUUCGCCCCGAAUACCAACAGCAGGGGGGUAUUUGGAUCGCCAUUGAGAGAAUUGGCGGACCUGGCGGACAAGUAACCGAUCAUGUCGACGUAGAGGCUCUUGUAGGUAGCCUAGCUCCACUCUCCCGUCUCCGCAGCACAACGUCAUCAAUGAUCAAUCCCAACCCCACACAGCUCCCAACACACUCGCAACGACACCUAUCGACAAACAAGCAUGGCGACCAAUAUCCCGAACAGCUUGAAAGCCGCAGAUGUAGGGCGCUUCAUCACUCGGGCGGCGCAAGUCGAGCGUGCCAAACCCGUGGUCGCCUACUGGUGUUAGUCUCCGCCACAGGCAAUUACUGGGCGGUCAACCAGAUUAUUUCAAAAGGCCUGCACAACUCUGACGAAGAGUCGAUACAUUUUACCACCAGUUUGAUGGACAAGCUCGAACAAUUCAAAACCGAAAACCCUGACAACGAUGCUAUCACAGACAAUGUUGCCGGGCAGGCUUAUGUGGAGCAGUUUGGAUUAGAGAUUUUUGGGAAAGCUGAUAACGCGAUUAGAGCCAACAAGGCUUCAAAGCAAACCGCAGAUACAUUCCUCGCAGCAGCCACGUUUCUUGAGCUUUGCCAGAUUUGGGGCGCAUUGGACCCUGAUGUUUUAUCCAAGGUCAAAUUCGCCAAAUAUCAUGCUGUCCGGAUCGCCAAAGCAUUAAAGAAUGGAGAAGACCCGAACCUCUCAAACCCGGCAGCAGAACCUGCAGCUGAAAACACCGAAGGAGAAGCUCUGGAUCCCAAUGACCCAGAAGUACAGGCAAUUCAAGGCACGAGUACACAGCCACCGGCACGAGAACGCCAGGCUUCUGUGGAAGAGGUCCCCGAUGAGUCUGAUCGCAUACAGCGACAACUCGCGCAGCAGUCAAUUCUAAACGAGUCACUUCAUCCAUCACGAUCAUCUUCGAUUCCACCGCCGCCGCUCCCACAAGUUCCCUUGGAUUCUGCUGCUUCCAACACCGAGGAGGCUCCUCCGCCAGAACUACCCUCAGCGCCGUCAGACCUGCAACUACCGCAGGUUCCUCCGACUUUGCCAGAUACGCCGAAGACCAUAGGUGGCUCUGCUGCGUUUCAAUCAUUCCCUCCUCCUGCGUCAAGCUCGGCACCAGAUGUUCCUGACUUGCCUCAACCUCCAGCUACCUUCUCCGCUCCUAGUAACCCUGUCAUCCAGACACAACCUCCUCCAGUAAUUCCUACCGCCACACCGACCAUUGGAAACCGUGCUCCCGCAGCUCCAGUUCCAGGACCUGCUGCUACUAGCACACCACCUGUGGAUGAUAAUUCUAUAUCACAAGCACAGAAACAUGCUCGAUGGGCCGUGUCCGCAUUGAGUUUUGAUGAUGUGAACACUGCUAUCAGAGAGCUCAAAAUUGCCCUACAGCAUCUCGGGGCUGAGUGA